AUGCAACUAAUUCGUCAUCUCAAGUUUAGAAGUAGAGAUGCGCAACCCAAAGAUAAACAAGACCAAAAGCUUUUCUCAGCAAGAAAGCAAUCUAUAGAAAGUUUGAGGAAAAUUCGCUAUCUAAUUAGUCAGUCACUUCGGAUGAAAAAAAAUAAGCAAGUACCAAAACCAUUAGAACGUCUACAGGAAUCAUUAAUCGAAAAUGAUGCAACAGUGAAUGAGCAAGAAAAGAAAGCUGAAAAAUUAAUCGCCAAAUCAAAUGUAAAUCAAAUAGAUCAUAGCCUUGCACUUGAUUGCACACAAUCUGAUCCAGCAUUAUCUGAGCUGGUAACAGCAGAACAACCAAUACAUCCAAAAUUAGCAUUGCCAAAAAGUUCGGGAAUCAUUGUUGAAGAUUAUACACAAAAUACUAAUUUACCAAAUCUGACAAAGUAUGACCCAGAAAUAUUGAAAUUGAAAAUGAAGCGACGAAUUAGACUUUACGCUAAGAUAUCAUUUUGCUUGAUAUUCGCUGUCUUUUCGAUGACAUUUAUCAUUUUUAUCAUCGCUAUGCUUGGAUGGUUGGUUUUAUUAAUUGCAUACGAUUUAAUAGGUUUUGAACGAAGAAUUCGUCAUCUAAAGAAUGAACGAAAUGAUUUAUUAGAAAUGUCCAGGUAUAGCUCCAGAUAUGGUGUAAUGAAAAUCUCAAGCUUAUCAUGGAAUGCAUGGACUAACUGUUUUCAAAACUUUAACCAGUCUGUACGGUGGAGAUCACGCAGCGUUUCGCCUGGAUUAUAUUUUGUAGACCAACAAGUUUUCAUGAGUCAAAGAUGUGAAACAAAUUUAGUAUAA